CCGUAGUUCAGCCAUAGAAUCCCUUCACACGCCAUUGUGCAACACGCUCUCUAGCUUCAAAAACAUUCUUCUACCCGAGGACUGCGUUGGAAGUUCACACUUCAACCACUCCAACCAACAACAUGGCGACCCAGCAACCUAAAUUCCCCACCCGCGAAACUUUCCUUACCAACGGCUGUGAGUCGAUCACAGAUGCCUCGCAGCACACCACAGAACCGAACUGCCCGAUUUGCCUAGACCCGUAUGCGAAGCCUCCGGUGACAGACACUCAGUCCGGUGACCAAGCUACCACCGUCCUUAUUGCAUCCUGUAAGCACGUUUUCCACCAUGCCUGCCUUCGCGUCUGGCUGGAAGACCAGAACACAUGUCUCGUGUGCCGCUCGAGCCUUUUUCCCCGCGAAACAGACAGCGGCAACACCCUGAACUCGAUCUUUGCGACCGUUGCUGAUGCAAUAAAUGCAGUUGAUGCAGUCAGGGCUCGUGCCCUCCGAUUGGGGGAGCGUAUCCAAGCUUCGCAAGUCGAAAAUAACGAGGAUUUCAGCGAUGCAGAGCAGCAGCUGGCGCGCAUUUUGGAGGAUCUGCAAGAGCUUGAGGAACGGCAGCGACGCUUGCUGGAGCUUUACCGAGUAGAUUGA